AAACACAUAUAUAAUUAGAUUUGCUUCCAUAAAAGUUAAUCUAAUUUCACUUUAACUCCAAGCUUUCACAGACAGACCAUGGCACUUCUGUACUGGAUGCGUCUGCCAGCUUUGGUGUCCUCUUGUGUGACACUUGGCCUGGUAGCACAUGCAGGUGGAUUGGCUGGAGGAGUUGGUGCGUGGUGUAUAUUUUGCUGGACCUUCAGCUUCAUUGGCACUCUUCUGAUCUUUCUGGUGGAGACGUUUCACUUGACAAAGUAUGUCACGGAGUUCUGGGUCAACUUCCCAGUCACCUUCUCCAGCUAUGCAGCACUGCUGUGUCUCUUUGCCUCCAUCAUCUUUCCCCAUAACUUUAUAGAUGGCCAACAGAAGUACGAUGCGCACAACCACCUUAUAGCAAGUGAGAUUUUCUCUUGUCUGGCCACUUUGGCGUACAUGCUUGAGAUUUGGGUUGCACGGGUGGAGUCAAAGUGCUACAUGGCCACUGCACGAGGUCUUCUGCUGGUCUGCCAAACCUAUGUGGCGGGGAUCAUCUUCUUCUUCAUCAGCAGUCCAGUGUCAUACACGGACCAGGCUGCUGUGAGGUGGUGCAUGGCAGUUUACUGCAUUUGCUUCAUCUGCUCAGCAGGUGGCAUCAUCAAGAUUGUGAUCUGUAACCUUGAGGAGCCAAGAUGGCUAAAACACUACAGCUUGUGUGCUGCUAUUCUGUACUUCAGUGCGACCAUCAUCUGGCCCGUGUUCAAAUUCAACAGCCAUUAUCCAAGUCAAAUCUACCCCCCUGAAUCCUGCCAGGGUGGUGUAAGAUUGUGUCCUUGGGGCAGAUUGGUAGUAGUGUCUGUGCUAACUUCCCUCAACUUCCUGCUUUACUCCUUCAGUAUGUGUUGCUCCUCCUGCACUUCAGACUCAGAAAAUGAACACCAGUAUGGUGGACUCCCAGACAUAUCUACAGUACAAGCCCAAAGUCCUUCACAGCAGACAUGGGAAAUACAGCAGUACACAUCAGAUCCAGGCAGACGACUGCUAGGAGACAGGAACCUGCGCAUCUACCAGAGCCUGAACCAGCCCAAUCUUGUGAUGGUUGAACCAAAUGUGAUUGUUUGUAAUGCGGCCUUUGUCAGACAGACUUAUUUAAGCCAAUAGACUUCAGUGAAGCAAUGUUAAAACACAAACCUUCAGAUGGGAUGAUAUGAAAAUGAAAAUGAAAUGAACCUUUUUUAGCCAACUGUGUCUGAACACAUCAGAAUUAGACCUCCGCAUUUAACCCAUCUGUGCAGUGAAACACCACAUACACACCAGUGAACACACACACACUAGGGGGCAAUGAGCACACUUGCCCGCAGCUGUGGGCAGCCUUAUCCACGGCGACCAGGGAGCAGUUGGGGGUUAGGUGUCUUGCUCAAGGCCACUUCAGUCACGUACUGUCAGCUGAAGGGAAUCAAACUGGCAACCUUCUGGUCACAAGGCUGGUUCCCUAACCUCCCAUGACUGCCUCAAUAAUAUUUUUAUUGAAUAAAAGUUGUACUGCAGUAAGUCACUGUUUUUAACAUGUUUCUUACUAAGAGAGUAAACAUAUUUAUUUAAUAUUUCUCUGUAUGUGCUAAAAGGAAGAAAAAUCUAAUUACAAAACCGUUAUUUUUCUUUUUCCUCAUUUUUAUUUAGUAGUAGAGAAAUUUUAUCUAUAUAUUUCAUGAUCAUCCUAAUGUUUUCUAUAAUAUAAUGAUAUAAAUAUUCUUGAUGCAGCACAGCAAUUCACUUCAGUUCACAUAAGUACUUUUAUUUUCCAGUUUUUGUCUAAUUUUAUGAAUCAUAUAUGAAAGUAACCAUAGCGAUAGUGUUUCUUACAUUUUUGCCUUUUCCUUGUUACUAAUAUGGCAUGUCAUUGUUAUGAAUUUGUUUACAAUUGUUUAGUGAGAAUUACUGGGGUUUAAUUUGAGUCAUAAGCAUUUAAUAACUCACAAUAACUGAGAUUAAAAUAAUAUUUACAUUUUUCUGUAAUUGUAUACAAAGUGGGGCUAAUUAUAUGUGGUGUUCUAAUAAUGUGCUAACAGGCUUGUACAAUAAAGCACUUUUUUUGUACA